CUCUGCCCGCCGCGCGGACCGAGGGAGCGCGGUCGCCGCCGCCUGCCUGCCCGGGUGCCCGCGUGCCCGGGCAGCGGUGGGCCAGGAUGUCGGGUUUCCUGGAGGAGCUGCUGGGCGAGAAGCUGGUGACGGGCGGCGGCGAGGAGGUGGACGUGCACUCGCUGGCUGCCCGCGGCAUCUCGCUGCUCGGGCUCUACUUCGGCUGUAGCCUGAGCGCCCCCUGCGCGCAGCUCAGCGCCAGCCUGGCCGCCUUCUACGGCCGCCUGCGGGGGGACGCGGCGGCCGGGCCAGGGGCUGGGGCCGGCCCGGGGCCGGGGGCCGGGGCGGCGGCGGAACCCGAGCCGCGGCGCCGCCUGGAGAUCGUCUUCGUGUCCUCGGACCAGGACCAGCGGCAGUGGCAGGACUUCGUGCGGGACAUGCCGUGGUUGGCGCUGCCCUACAAGGAGAAGCACAGGAAGCUUAAACUUUGGAACAAAUAUCGAAUUUCCAACAUUCCAUCACUAAUAUUCUUAGACGCCACCACCGGGAAGGUCGUGUGCAGGAAUGGGCUGCUGGUGAUCCGCGAUGACCCAGAGGGUUUGGAAUUCCCUUGGGGGCCUAAACCCUUCAGGGAAGUCAUUGCAGGGCCCUUGCUUAGAAAUAAUGGGCAGUCCCUGGAGAGCAGCAGCCUGGAGGGGUCUCACGUGGGAGUCUAUUUCUCUGCACACUGGUGUCCACCCUGCCGAAGCCUCACCCGGGUCCUGGUGGAAUCCUACCGGAAGAUCAAGGAGGCAGGCCAGAAAUUCGAGAUCAUCUUUGUUAGUGCAGACAGGUCAGAGGACUCAUUCAAACAGUACUUCAGUGAGAUGCCGUGGCUCGCCGUCCCCUACACCGACGAGGCCCGGCGGUCGCGCCUCAACCGGCUGUAUGGAAUCCAAGGCAUCCCCACCCUCAUUGUGCUGGACCCACAGGGGGAGGUGAUCACGCGGCAGGGGCGGGUGGAGGUGCUGAACGACGAGGACUGCAGGGGCUUCCCGUGGCACCCCAAGCCCGUGCUGGAGCUCUCCGACUCCAACGCCGUGCAGCUCAACGAGGGCCCCUGCCUCGUCCUUUUUGUAGAUUCUGAGGAUGACGGGGAGUCCGAGGCAGCCAAGCAGCUGAUCCAGCCCAUAGCUGAGAAGAUCAUCGCCAAGUACAAAGCCAAAGAGGAGGAGGCGCCACUUCUGUUCUUUGUGGCGGGGGAGGAUGACAUGACCGACUCCCUGCGAGAUUACACCAACCUGCCCGAGGCUGCCCCUUUGCUCACCAUUCUGGACAUGUCAGCCCGGGCCAAGUACGUGAUGGACGUGGAGGAGAUCACCCCUGCCAUUGUGGAGGCCUUUGUGAAUGACUUCCUAGCAGAAAAGCUCAAACCAGAGCCCAUCUAGUCGGGCUCCAGCUUCCCGGGAUGUUAUUUAAAACUCAUUCUUCUCCUCCCCCUCCCCCGCCCUUCCCUCCACCCUUGGACUUUUCCAGGGUGUCCCGAAUCACACAACCCAAGUGUCCAACCUCUCUGUGGUGCCUUGUUUUCUGCAUUAACUCCUCAGCUAGCACCCUAGGGUGCGCAUCCUCUCCAGCAGCAGAAGAACCUCCGUGUUUGGAGACUCUGCUUGGGAUUCGCGGGGCUGGCAUAACCCGGCCCGAACUGGGACUGCAGCGUUCUCUUGGUCCCUAGCUCUUGGUGAGGUAUUUGCCAGGGUGUUCUUCUGUCAAGUGGGCACCAAGGGACAGAGCAUCGGUGCUCUGGCUCUGCCUUAGGUGCCAGCACGUACGUGCAGAGCCCGAGGGUUCAGAGGCACACGCGCGGUGGGUGGAGCAGGGAGAGGGCGGAGGCCUCCGUGCAGAGCUGCUGGCGAGGACGUCCUUUCCUAAGUGACUUGGUCUGUCUCGGUCUGAGGGAAAAACACCAGCUUGUCAGCCGGUUCUUGGGCAGGGGCUCUCCAGCCCUCAAAGGAAGUUUGUGUUCUUUUCUGGUGAGGAAGAGAGUAGCUACGGUAAUGAUUCACGUAAUAAUUGCUUACUUAGAUGGAGCGCCUCCCCUGUGAUAAGAAGGAGCUGCUCAUUCCUUCCUUCUAGCUCUUUCUUCCUUGAUCUUGACCUUCUUCCAGUUUCUACCCUCUCAGAUGAACGGCCCCUACAAUCUUGGAAUGUUACUACUAAGUUCUCCCCCUUGGACAUCUUCCCAAGAAGAUGCGGUGGUCCUGUGUUCCCGGAGGAGCACCGCUCACCAGCGCAGACCUGACUCAGCCCGGCUCUGGGCCUGGGGCCGCUGGAGCUCUGCUGAGGUGCCCUUGCCCACCCUUGGUUACCCCUGCAUUCCCUUUUCUUCUCAAAGCAGAACUUAAAAGAGACAAAAAAAUUACCAGAAGCCUAGCUUUUUCCUAAGAACCUGCAGAAAGGGCUGUGCCCUGAGGUGGGAGUGCACACCAAAGACAGGUCAGCUAAGAGUAGGCCCUGGGUCCGCUCUGCUGGGCCCAGCUCAGCUCCUUGUUUGGGCUGAACUGACCACAGAAAGGAAGCUAACAGCUGUGCUCUUAGGAUUUGGGAUGGAAGGCUUUGCGUAGGGCCUCACAGGGUUUCAGCCUAUCUCAGUCAGGAGUCAGGGCCUUUAAAAUAAUCUCAGGCCUCACCCCUGGCUCCACUCACAGCCAAUCAAGACCAUUUAUUUGGAAAACCCAGCCCCCUCCAAUUAGCUGUUGACACCGUCGCUCCUUGCUGAGUGGGAUUGUUGAUUUGUAGUUCAGAGGUACAAAUUUAGUUGGUAAUUAGACUGUUACUGUUACCAGCCUGAAAUGCAGUCACCUAGUAAGAAAUAAAACAGGCAUCUCUGGACGUUAUCAA